AUGUCAUCGACAGAAGGGAGAUGGAAGCCCACCCCGAGGCUUCAAUCUGUCAAGUUUGUGUUUGACACACCGACCCCGUCGGAUGCGCAAACCCCAGACGAGAUCGUCUUCGAGAAUCCGUUCCCUGCCGAUGUUGCGGGUGUUCCCAAGCGCUUCGUUGUCAAGUUCCCCGCCGCGCAAAGCCCUAAGCAAGAGGAUGACGUUGUACAGACGCCUCAAAACUACGGCGAAGAAUCUCCCGGCGGUGGGUCGCAGUCCAGCGAGCCGUUUGACAUCAAGAGUGCGUCCGCAGAUGCGAAGGCGACUACAAACCAGCGAUCCCGUGUCCGAGGCCCGGUCUGCGAGCUGGAGGGAGAUAUCAAGCCCGCGGUAUGCGCUGUUUGGGCUCUGAUUCUAUCGUCUCUGACGGGCAGCGAAGACGUUCGCUUCAAGAUAUGCGACACGGGUCGCUCAUGUCCACUAUCCCAGGCCAAUCUUUCUGUCGACCGUAACCAGCAGGUUUCCACCUUUCUCAGAUGCGUUGCAGACACGCCAGCUGUGUCUGGCGUUCCCAACACUGAGUCGAAUAUGAUGACUCCCGCAACAGACGAUGUUUUCCUCCAAACCAUCGUGGCCUUCUCAACAACUGUGCUAGGAGUCCGAGAGUUAUCGGAUGCCACUGACUGGGCCAUUCGACUCGAGUGUUCAAUCGAUAACCAAGAGUUGGAGCUCUCCGCCACUUUUGACCAACAGCGGUUCUCUCGCCUGGAGGUGAGGCUUCUGUUAAAUGACCUGGAGCAUGGUCUUUGGCAGUUGAACCACCUCAAGACACAGCAAAUGACUUUGGGCGACAUCCAUACGCUAAGUCCUGCCAGCCAGCGUCAUCUUGUACAGCUCAACAGGCCGCUUCCGAAACAAGAAGAUAUUCUGGUCCACGAUGUGAUAGCCCAGCAGGCCGAAUCGCAGAAACAGGCUCAUGCAGUCUGCGCUUGGGAUGGCAACCUGUCGUACACUCAGCUACAGGACCACGCCGACAAACUUGCAAAUCACCUUUCGAGCAUUGGCGUCGGGCCCGAAGUCUUCGUCCCCGUCAUCUUCGAAAAGUCAGUCUGGAGCGUUGUGGCCAUACUGGGAGUGAUAAGGGCAGGGGGCGCUGUCGUGGCCCUUGAUCCAUCACUCCCUACAACCCGGAUCUGCAUGAUUGUCCAAGACGUAAACGCAUCCAUCGUAUUAUCAUCAGUCAGUAGCCAAGACAAGAUUCCUGAGCAUAUACUUCAGGAAAACAGGGUCAUUGUCAACGAACGACUCUUUCCAACACUCUCUACGAGAGCCGCAUCCUGGCCAGCUCGGCUGGUUACGUCCAACAAUGCACUUUACGUAGUUUACACAAGCGGCUCGACGGGGAAGCCAAAGGGUGUGGUGGUCACUCAUACUUCCUUUUUCUCCAGCUCAAGGGGAUUCUCCAAGGCCAUUCACCUUGACUCGCCAAAGGCUCGCGUAUUGCAAUACUCCUCUUUCUCGUUCGACAUUUCUAUGCUCGAGAUCCUCUCCACCCUGAUGGCCGGCGCGUGUAUUUGCAUUCCGUCUGAGGAAGAGAGAAUGAACAAUCUGGCCGGAUGCAUCACAGGGAUGGAUGUCAACUGGGCCAUGUUGACGCCGUCAGUGGCGAGCUUGAUGAGCCCAGAGGAAGUCCCCAGCCUAGAAGUGCUCUGCUCUGUUGGUGAAACACUCCCGCAGGAUGUUGCAGAAACAUGGGCCGGCCACGUUAAAACCAUCAAUGCAUAUGGUCCUGCGGAAUGCUCAGCCGUCACUGUCGUCAGCAAACCCAGAACCAAGGGCGUCAAGAGCAUUUCCAUCGGGAGAUCCGCGAACUGCGCUGUAUGGAUCGUCACCGAGAACGGGAAAGUUGCCCCCUUCAACAGUAUUGGCGAGAUUGUUGUCGAGGGCCCCCCUCUGGCCCGCGGCUACCUUGGAGACGAAGGGCAGACUAACGCUGUCUUUCUUGGCGAUCCGAGCUUUCUCCGUGGUAUCGUGGCGGAUCCAAUGCGAUGCUACCGGACGGGCGAUCUCGGGCGGAUGAACGUUGAUGGUUCGAUUGACUUUUUGGGAAGAAGAGACAGUCAAGUGAAGAUCAAUGGCCAACGCGUCGAGCUUGGCGAGAUUGAGCACCAGUUGAAACAAUCUCUCCAGGUAGCCCACCCAUUCCAGUCUUCCGAGUUUACUUGGGAUGUUGUAGUUGAGCUCCUCCGGCCGAUUGGGGCAAGGAACGGCGUCCUCACAGCUUUCCUGGCUCCCAGGAAGAUGACCGGAAGUCUCGCGCACUACAGGGAGCAGGCUGUUGCCAGAAAAACAGACCCGGUCUGGAGAGAUACUCAUGACAGAUUCAAAGAAGCCUCCAGGGAGGUUUCUAGGGUUCUUCCAGCCUACAUGAUCCCUAGCGCAGUCAUCCCAUGCUAUGCAUUGCCCCUUUCGGCCUCCGGGAAAGUUGACAGGAAAGCACUCCGUCGCCUUGGAAAUGAGACGACAAUGAAGCAGUUAUUGCGGAUACCCGAACAACACAAAGACGACUUCUCCAGUGCUAGCACAGACAGAUCUGGAUUACAGUCAACCGACCUUACAGACUCCGAAGGAGAAUCAUCAGUCGGCCAGCACACAGUGUCGUCCGACGCACAGCCCUCGGACCUCAGCUGCACACCCGUGGAACUUACAUUGCGCAAGGCUUGGGCCAAGAUCCUCGGAGCUUCUGAAGACACCAUCACGGUCGACGACGACUUCUUCAGACUUGGCGGGGACUCCAUUGGGGCCAUCAAAGUCGUUGCAGCAUGCCGCCAACUGGGACUUCAGAUUAACGUCGCCAACAUCUUCAAGAACUCUGUGUUGAAGAAGAUGGCUUUGGUCUGCAAAAGUACUGAAGACCGCUACGUCAAGCCAAUAGUUCGGUUCUCUCCAUUCCAACUCCUACGCCAGGACGCAGUACCCGAGCUUCGCGAAGAAGCGUCAUUCCAAUGUGGUGUCAAGUCGGAGGAUAUCGAAGACUUGUUCCCCUGCACUCAUAUGCAAGAGGGCCUGAUGGCAGUCAAUCUUACACGACCAGGCAGCUACACCGGCCGGUGGAUCCAUCCGCUGCCUCAAGGAAUAGACCUGGCCCGGUUCCAAAGUGCUUGGGAGGACACCCACGCGACAACGCCAAUCCUGAGGACUCGGUUUGCUACGACUUCAGCCGCAGGUUCCCUUCAAGCGGUAAUCAAAGAGAAGAUUCAAUGGCUCUUCCAUGAUGAUCUUGAUGCCUACCUGGACAAGGACGACUCCGACCCUAUGUUUCCCGGAGACUCGCUUACCCGGUUUGCGCUCAUAUCGUCGACAGAUGGCGCUUGGACGUUCGUGUGGACCAUCCACCACAUGCUGUACGAUGGCUGGUCACUCGCAAUGCUUUGCAGAAUGGUUAACGACUUAUAUCAUGGCCGCAACGUCAAGCCGGUAACCGACUACCGACACUUUGUGCUGUACACAAAUCGACUCUCAUCCAGCACGUAUUCAGAUUAUUGGAAGGGAGAGCUCCUUGAAUCUCCUGCAUCUUGCUUCCCCGUCGUACCAAAGCAGGGUCAUCGGUCCUUUGCUAGAGCCGUUGUUAGGGACGAACUUGCUCUCAAUCUCGAUCCCUCUGCUGGUAUCACCAUGUCGACUCUUGUGCGCGCAGCAUGGGCUGUUAUGGUUAGUCAUUUCUCCGCAUCGGACGACAUUAUCUUCGGAGCAACUGUUUCCGGAAGGCAAGCGCCUCUCGAUGAUAUUGAGAGCAUUGGGGGACCAACAAUUGCGAGCGUUCCUAUUAGGGUUCGGCUCGAUAAGGAGAUGGCUAUUCUCAGUUUCCUCCACCAGAUCCAAGACCAGGCGACAUCAAUGAUACCCUUCGAACAGGCUGGAAUCCAACGCAUAAAAACUCUGAAUGAGGAUACAAAGCGAGGCUGCGAGUUCCACAAUCUUCUUGUGGUGCAGGCUGGCGGAGGCUGGGACGAGACAGGGUUGGGUCCUCUCGGGAAGCCGGUAUACCGUGAAGAGUACACGACUUUCCCAGUCACAUGCGAGGUCUGGCUCCAUCCCGGGCGAGUCGAGUUUGCAACUCACGUCGACGAGGAGGUGACAAGCCGGAUAUUUGUAGCACAGGCGAUUGAGACUGUCAAGGUCAUCAUGACCCAGCUCGCUUGGGCUGCAUCGAGGCCGAAUUCUGGCCUCAAAGUAGCCGACCUGGUUUUUGAUCAGUUUACGGGCCCUGAGAAAGCAUCUUCCCAUGACAAAGCAGUUGAAAAAGUUGCUUCUACACUGCACGGAACUAUCACAGAGAAGUGCCAACUACAGCCCGAACGAGACGCCAUCGUUUCAACAAACGAUUGCAUCUCUUACGCAGCUCUGGAAAGCAUGUCCUCCGCCCUUGCCACACAUCUAACAAAAAGCGGCGUAUCUCCAGGAGAAAUGGUCCCAUUAUGCUUCGAAAAGUCAGUAUGGACAGUCAUUGCGAUGCUUGGAGUUCUGAAAGCAGGAGCUGCCUUCGUUCCGUUAGACCCGAGCCAGCCCAUCUCCCGCUUAAGAGGGGUUGCUGCGCAAGUCAAAGCGAAGAUUGUCCUCAUGUCGAAAUUCCAGUCAAAAGCGACAGAUCUUGGUAUUGAUACACGCAUUAUUGUGGAUCGAGACUCACUUGAGGCAUUCACCAGCUGGUCGAGCUUCGAGACCCUCGCCCCUCAUUCCGAACCUGACCGUCCGGCAUACGUUAUUUUGACAUCCGGGUCUACUGGAACCCCGAAAGGCGUUGUAGUCUCACACUCCGCUUUUGCUUCUAGCGCAGCUUCACACGGUUCGGCCUUCGGAAUGUCUUGCACCAACCGCGUACUGCAGUUUUCCGCAUACAGUUUUGACGCUAGCUUGUUCGAGAUCCUCACUACACUUAUCCACGGCGGAACAAUAUUUGUUCCUACAGAAAAGGAGCGCCUGGAAGCCAUCGGAGAGUUCAUUGAGGGACACCGCGUUAACUUUGCUCUCUUGACGCCGUCAGUCGCCCGGAUCAUCGAACCUACAGAAGUUCCCUCGAUAAAGACCCUAAUUCUGGGGGGAGAGGAGCCAGAUCGACUGGUAGUCAAGAAAUGGCUGGAUGCUGGAACCAGGCUCUUCAACGCGUACGGACCGAGCGAGUGUUCCGUUAUUGCUGCCUGCUACUCCUGUUCCCACGAAACGGAUCCCCGAACAAUUGGUAUCUCUGUCGGAUGUUCAUCAUUGAUAGUGGAUCCAGACAACGAGUUAAGCCUAGCUCCUGAAGGGGAAGUUGGCGAGCUACUCAUUGGAGGCCCAAUUCUGGCCGAUGGAUACCUGAACGAUCCGGAACGAACACACUCAGCAUUCACCAACACUCCCUUGUGUUCAGUAGGCACUCGGGCGGGAGUUGACAGACGCUUCUACAAGACAGGAGACCUUGUCAAGAAAACCGAAGACGGCAAUAUGGUCUAUGUUGGUCGAAAAGAUAUGCAAGUUAAGAUUAACGGCCAAAGAAUUGAGCUGGGUGACAUUGAGUCUAACUUGGCUGGUUGCCUCGAUGUCAACCUUGCUGUUGUUCUUUUCCCAUCGCAAGGGCCAUUUUCGAAACAACUUGUCGCCGUUUUGGAGCUUCAGAUGGGCCAUAACGCAGCAGCCUCUGGACCCCGGUACAUGAACGCCUAUUUCAACAAGAAGGUGGACAGCAUUCGUCGAGAGCUAGCUGCGAAAGUACCUAGUAUCAUGAUGCCAACUCAUUGGGCUGACGCCAUCACACUCUGGGACGAUGGAUUUCCGCUAGCGGUUGGAGGGUCUACAGCCAUACUUCGAGGAGAGAUCCCCGCUUACGAUUUGGCGGAGAAGAUUGCGAGUCUGGCACCUUCCAAAUCAUCUUCUAGGCCAAGUCUGUCCAUGGGAGUUGAUGAUGCCUUCCUUCAUACGGCUGGUCUUGACUCAUUGAACAUGAUGUCGCUCAUGCACUUCAUUCGCAUGAAAUAUCGAACAAAAGUCAGCAUGCAACUACUGAUGGAUGAGACAACGAGCAUCCGAACACUGGCAGCAUUGAUCACCGGCUCUAGCACAAGUCGAGGCAACAUGGCAAAAGGUCCCUCACCAGAAGUCGGUGGAAGAGUGGAUAUUCUAGCCCAAGUCAACCGGUAUGAAGAGAAAUUGCUUCAGUUGUCGCCAAAAUUUUCUGGGCCUGCUUCCCAGAGCCUCGUCAAGACAUGGAAGGACAACAGUAUCAAAGUCUUCCUCACUGGGGCCAGCGGGUACUUGGGCACGCAAAUAUUGCGCCAGCUUCUCGAGAGUCGGAAUGUCAGUCGUGUGACAACUCUCGUGCGCAGUGCGAAUCUCGAUGAAGCAAAGAGUCGGGUGAUUGAGGCAGCUCGGAAGGCCCAGUGGUGGACCGAGUUCCACGAAGACAAGCUUGAAGCUUGGGUGGGCGACUUAUCACAGCCACAGCUCGGCCUAGAGCAAGAUCAUUGGAGUCUCCUUAGCGAUGGUCAGUCCUUUGACGUCAUCAUCCAUAACGGCGCAGUUGUUCAUUGGAACAAGAGCUAUUCAGCCCUAGAGGCUGUCAACGUUGGCUCGACUGCGCAACUACUUAGCCUCGCAGUCCAACGCCCAUCAUUGAGGUUCGCCUACGUCUCGGGAGGUCGACAGUGGAAGCGGAGCCCAGAACCGGACGAGGAUAUUGCUCGCGAGCUUGCAGAUUCGAUUGGCUAUAGCCAGACAAAGUUCGUUGCGGAGGUGCUGACCAGGAGGGCUGCCGAGAGAUGUCCCUCCACUGGAAGGAAUAUCGCAGUGUUUAGGCCUGGGCUCAUCAUUGGAACACCCACAGAGGGUGUAGCCAACUUGGACGACUACAUUUGGCGACUCACAUCGGCUAACAUCAACAUUGGUGCUUAUAACGACAGCGAUGAGGAUGCAUGGUUGCACGUAUCAGAUGCAGCAACUACCGCCGCGGCUACCAUUCAAACUGCCCUGAACCCCCAUUCACAGGCACACGCAGUCAAGAGCCAAGAAGACGGAAUGACUUGGGGUGCGUUUUGGAGGCUGAUACUAUCUGCGGGGUAUGGUAUUCGUCCAAGUCCUGCGUCAGAAUGGCUUUCGGCGGUCAGGAGGGAUCUUUUUGCGCGUCAGGAGGCGCAUCCUUUAUGGCCACUGGCGCACAUGCUCGAAGAUGGCUCAUUGGAAUGGGCGUUCCGCGUCAAUCAUCCGGAAGACUGCCCUGUGCGACUCAAAGUUGCUAUCAGAAGGAAUAUCGACUUUCUUGUUCAGGCUGGGUUUCUUCCUAGGAUUUGA